GUAGAAAUCCUUCCUGCAUUGACAACAAUUAUGGCGGCACGCUCAUUAUCUGGGACAGGAUAUUUGGAACAUGUGCAGCAGAAGAUGCAAAAGUUGUAUAUGGCUUAACACGUCCAGUAAAUUAAUUUGAUCCCAUCAUGUUCCAGGAGCUAUAGUUUUUACGUCACUUGGCUCAUAUUUGGAACACAUUUUGGACCACACCUGGAUUCUGCAAUAAGCUUUCUGUCAUAUUCAAAGGGCCAGGCUGGGGACCAGGCAAACCUAGACUUGGCCUUCCUGAGGAAAUCCCAGUGCUCACUGUAAAAGAAGUUCCCUUCAAUCCAAGUGUACCAGCUUAUCCUAAUUGCUAUGCAAUUGUACAUUUUGCUGUAGUAAUGGACUUGCAUACUGAACUUCUUGUUAGAGUGGCUAUUAUAUCAUAGGGAACUGUUGUCCUGCAAAUUGGCUUUAUCAUUCUGUCCCUGAAGUCUUUUGGACUACUUAUGGAGAACAGGCCCAAAGCAGGAAUUUUGGCAAUCAUCCACUGCUCAGUCUUCAGUGUGUACAAACUUUGCUACUUAAAGAGUCAGUUUUCUUCCUUGGGCUAUGCAUAUGAG